AUGGCAUACAACUACCCUACCAACGACACCGACGUGGAUGCAAUAGUUGAGACUGUCCAAUUCCGCGAGGCUGUUAUUCUUAAAAAAUUCUUAGGGUUAAAGGAAUCUAAGCCACCGGGUCCCGACGAGGUACCGGCCAAGAUUCUGAAGGAGCUCGCCAGUGAGUUGGCAAAACCACUCCCUACACUCUUCCGAACAUCCUCCGAGACCGGAUGCCUACCAGUAGACUGGGAAGCCGGGAGGAUUACGCCACUCUACAAGGGGGAAGCCGGGUCUCAGCGAACAAUUAUCGACCAGUCAGCCUUACUGCAAUCUGUUGCAAAAUUACAGAAAAAAUAA